CUCACAGUUACAAGAGCCGCUAAAAUAAAAAUCCCAGGGUCCAACGCCAACUCCAAACCCCACCCAUCGUUCAUCUGUUUCAGCUCUUCCUGUCUCUCACUAAUCUGCAUCCAAACCCACGUGCGGCGCUUUCUUCAUCGUCUGUCUCCCAAGCUAGCCUCUGGUGCGCACCUCUCUCUCACCCCCGGCGCACGUUAGCCUCCACCACCCCACAUGGCUCUUCAGUUCGCCCUACUCCCAAUCUAAUGUCUUCAACCAAAAUAAAUCAAACACCGUGAGCGCUUCAGUUUUUUGGUUUUGUUUGUUUAUUUGCUUAAAAUGAUGGGCUCGGAGACCGAGGGAUUCGAAGAGGGGCGUCUCUACGCGUCCAAGGAAGAAAUGGAAAAUCUCGUGAUCGACGACCCGUUAAACGACACCAAAUCGUCGUACUCGAAUUACCGAAGCGCCAUGUCGUCGUCGGCGAUCUCCGAAACGCAUCACCCUCUCUCGCCGUCGAUCCUCGUGACCCCCGCCGAAUCCGAUCCCCUGCUCUCUCCCCCUCCGUACCGGGAUAUCCGAAACCCUAGCGGUCAGAGGGAGAGCUCCUACAUCGAGCCGCCGGCUUAUGCCGACGUGAUCUUCAGUCCGUUCGACGGGGAUCACUUCGGGGACGUUAACGGCGUCGAGAGCCCUAGCCGGAAUUCGGACAAUUCCGGGAGAUUUUCGAGAUCGCUGGGUUCCUCGUCCUCUUCGUCGUUGGCGUCGAGCUCGGAUUACAUCAAAAUCACGGUGUCGAAUCCGCAAAAAGAGCAGGAGGCUUCAAAUUCAAUCGUGCCGGGCGGCGGUACGUACGUGACGUACCUGAUCACGACGAGAACGAAUGUGCCAGAGUUCGGAGGACCCGAAUUCAGUGUUCGGAGGCGGUUCCGGGACGUGGUGACGUUAUCGGAUCGGCUGGCCGAGUCGUACAGAGGGCUCUUCAUUCCGCCUAGGCCGGACAAGAGCGUGGUGGAGAGCCAGGUGAUGCAUAAGCAGGAAUUCGUGGAGCAGAGGAGGGUGGCAUUGGAGAAGUACCUGCGGAGGCUCGCGGCGCACCCGGUGAUCAAGCGGAGCGACGAGCUGAGGGUGUUCCUGCAGGUCCAGGGGAAGCUGCCGCUGCCGACAACGACCGAUGUGGCAUCGAGGAUGCUGGACGGGGCGGUGAAUCUGCCGAGGCAAUUACUAGGGGAGAGCAGCUCGGUGGUGGCACCGCAUGAGGUGGUGCAGCCUGCGAAGGGAGGAAGGGACUUGUUAAGGCUGUUCAAGGAGUUGAAGCAGUCGAUGGCCAAUGAUUGGGGAGGGUCGAGACCGCCUGUGGUCGAGGAAGAUAAGGAGUUUUUGGAAAAGAAAGAGAGGAUGAAUGAACUCGAGCAACAACUCACCAAUGCUUCUCAGCAGGCCGAAUCACUUGUCAAGGCUCAGCAAGAAAUGGGAGAAACAAUGGGUGAAUUAGGGCUAGCAUUUAUUAAGCUGACGAAAUUUGAGAAUGAUGAGGUGGUGUUCGACUCUCAAAAAGUGCGGGCCAAUGAGAUAAAAGGUUUUGCAACUGCUGCUGUCAAAGCAAGUAGAUUCUAUCGGGAGUUAAAUGCUCAAACUGUCAAGCAUUUGGAUACGCUUCACGACCAUCUAGGGCUAAUGUUAGCUGUCCACAGUGCAUUCUCAGAUCGCUCAAGUGCUUUACUGACAGUGCAGACUCUUUUAUCAGAGUUAUCUUCAUUGCAAUCAAGGGCUGAAAAACUUGAAGCUGCAUCAUCUAAAAUAUUUGGUGCUGACAAAUCAAGGAUUCGCAAGACAGAGGAGCUAAAAGAAACAAUAAGAGUCACUGAGGAUGCUAAAAAUGUUGCGGUUAGAGAAUACGAGCGGAUCAAGGAAAACAACAGGACUGAACUUGAAAGGUUGGACAGAGAGAGAAAGGCUGACUUAUUGAAUAUGAUGAAGGGGUUUGUGCUCAAUCAGGUCGGAUACAACGAGAAAAUUGCCAACGUGUGGACAAAGGUUGUGGAGGAGACUAGCGGUUAUGCAAAAGAGAGCUCUUGAACUAUGCGGCUGUAAAUUCGAAUCUUCUUCAGCUUCUUCACUUCUCUUUUCUUUUAUAUUUAAUUGAUGUUCUCUUUCAGGAAAUAGCAUUACGUUCAUAGCAAUAAAGGGAAGAGAGCACUUGGUAGUUUUAAAAAAUUUAA